CCGAAUCUCAGCGCGCUGCUGAUAUCGCCCUCUUAUCAAACGGUUUCCCCGGUGGACGGAGACCACCGAGCGUCUAAACUCCCCCUCUCUCUUCCUCUCCUUUCAACCUCCUCUCCCGUGCUCUAGACCAUCCAUGGAAUAAUCUCUGCAUCCGAUUUCGACUCCUUCGCUUUCAGUUUCCUUACCUGUAUCUGUCCUGGCCCUACAUUACAUGUGUUUGCUCGUCAUCCUGUCCACCCGAACACCACAGCGGAGAGCGUUGUCAACUGGACUGUGCUACCGGCAGACUGUGCGCCCGCCUGUGGGUGAUCCCGCGAUCAUCCCUGGUUAACCCACGCCACCUACUAUCCCCCUAUCGAGUCAUGAUCCCCGGUCUUUGAGUCUCCUGCUGCUUGAUUCUCAGUUCAUUCCUUCAUCCGUAUUGAGAAGAACGGUCAAUUCCUGCAUGCUCAUCCGAUGUGUGCCAGUCGGUCUUUGGAUUUAGAGCCUUUGGCUGUCGAUACCUCCGCCGUGGCGGCAUCCACCAAGACCGGGAUUGUCGCGAUCGCCGCCGAGUGCACCCAAGAUCAAGAUCAACUCUCUACUACUCCCACGGCCUUUACGAAGACUCGCAGUCAUCGAAACAGCGGAGCGCUACGGAGAACGGAUUUCGAUUCCACAUCUCAGUCACCCAAACGACAGAAUACUACUACAACUUCGCCCAUGACGCUGACUGGCGGUGCGGCGGGCUAUUCGUCCAGUCCUGAACCGCCGGCUCUGUUCGUGCGGGCCAUGUACGAUUAUCAUACCGAUGAUUAUACGAGCCUCAGCUUUCGACAAGGCGAUGUCAUCCAGGUACUUAACCAAUUGGAGACGGGAUGGUGGGACGGUGUGAUCGACAAUGUCCGCGGCUGGUUCCCCAGCAACUACUGCACUGUCAUAACGGAUCCGGAUGACCUGGGUGAUAGAUUCUCACAUACCCACGAAGACAGCGAAGCCAGUACCGAAUCCGGUGUCGAGGAGGACUAUGAAGAUGAGCACCCAGGGGACGUGUUGUUCCCGGAUGGCAACCCCAGGCAUUCCCAGGCGACUAUCUCAGUCGACGGUCCGGAGAGCAACAGGGAGCAGGAAGAAGCGGCCUUUUGGAUACCGCAAGCGACUCCCGAUGGUCGAUUAUUCUACUUCAACACUCUUACCGGUUCUAGCACCAUGGAGCUACCCUUCGAGAACGCCAACCCCUCGACUAAAGAUACCGGCCCUCGUGAGCGGAAUAAUUUUUUCAUUCCCGACCAUACGCGCCCACCUCCGGAAUUGAUGGCAAGAGGAUUCGAACGAGAUGAAGAUGAGUACGAUGGUUCAGCGUCGGAAGCGGAAGGGGAGUCGUUGAUCCUCACGUCCCAGGACUCGUUAUCCCAAAGACGCCAGUCCUUCAUCGAUAGCGUGUCUCCCGCCACAUCCAUGGACUCUCUGAACCCUCCCUCUGCCAAGUCUGUGUGCGAGUUAAAGGGCAUUCAACAACCGACCAAAAAUGCACAAAUGAGUUCUGGCAUGACGGCAGCGAACAAUACUGCCUUUCUCUCGGAUAGCUACUCUAAACCUAUCUUCUCUGCGGCUGCCCCCCAACAUUUCGUUGACGAGGACACUUCUACUCCUCUCACCUGGGCUAUGCUCAUCGAUAACAUGCGUUAUUCGAUCGAAGCCUACCGGCAGACCCUUCGAAGUGGCGAUCGAUCCGAGUAUGUCAGAAAAGCCGAGGACAUUUCCGAUCAUCUCCGGAUGGUUCUGGCAGCCGGUUCUGAUACAACGGAUAAUCACUCCGGAAACCCAUCCAUCAUUUCAAGCAACAAAUCUUUGUACCCUCACUUCCGAGACAUGAUGUCGAAAUUCUCCAAGUUGGUUCUCUGGUCACAUAUCGCCUCCGGUGACUGGGCCGCGUUGGAUUCAAUACAUAAAUGUAUACAGGAGGCAGAUCGCGUCAUGCAGAGCGUGUACAGUUAUGUCGAUGUUGCGAAACAACAGCGUGGCGAGUCAAUUCGUCGUGUUACUCCUGGCUUUGUGAUAGGCAGCUCGUCCGGUGGGAAUUGGCAGGACAAUGGUGUCUCCCUGAAUCAGUCGGGCCCCGCAACGUUCUUAGACCAGGACGCUGGAGAGUCGAAGCCAGAGCCGGUGGUCCCUCUGGACUCGGCUUUUCUGGAUCAGCUCGAUGUCCUCAGGAGAUCAUUGGUGGGAAAUGUGCGCAGGCUUGAGGAGCGGUUGACGAUCAAACAGAAGAUCGUCACUGCUGCGGAACAUGAAGAGAUCGCUAAUUCGGUUGGGACCGCUGCGAUCGGCGUGGUCGAGCAGUUCCGCCCUUGGUCUGCUGCCGUUGAAUCUGUCAACUUGGCACCUUUGGGCACCAGCUUCCAGAAUCCCCAACUGGUUGAUUUUAGUAUGCAAAAACAAAGAGCCUACGAUGCGAUUGCGGAUUUCGUCCUGAGUUGCCAGGCGCUCUCGGCUCCUCUUUCUGACGAAUGGGCGGAGUUGCGUAACGAUUCCCUCGAAGAUCGUUUGAAUGCCGUGCGCGCUACUACCAGGCAGCUCGAUAAUUAUGUUUCCCAGAUUGGGUUCUCCCUGUCGCUAUUGCUUGAGCAGCUUCCUGAGUCGAUCUCUGCUUUCGAAAGUGAAAGCCGCCUUGAUGAGAAGCAUGAGCCAUCCAACCCCUCCGGUCGUGGAGAAUCGGAUGUCCCUGCGGGAACCAUCGGUAUCCCCUCGUCAUACCCUGUCGACAAUGAAACGGAUGUGCAGAAAGUCCGGCGGAAGAAUAUGGACAAAGCUGAGCGGUUCUUUGGCCAGGCUCCCCCGCCAACUAUCGACAGGGAAGCAAUCCAACCGAUCUUAAAGGAGCCAGAGGAAACGCCCUGGUAUCUUAAGAUUGACCACGAAGGUGAGGUGUUCUACGAUAUGAAGGGGAACAUCCCAUUAUUGAAGUGUGGAACUCUGGCUGGCUUGGUGGAACAUUUGACACGCCAUGACAGGCUCGAUACGUCUUUCAACAAUACGUUCCUGAUUACGUAUCGAUCUUUCACCUCAGCACCUGAGCUAUUUGAGAUGCUCGUCCAAAGAUUCAACAUUCAGCCGCCCAUGGGGUUGACGCCAGAUGAGAUGCAAACAUGGACGGAUAGAAAGCAGAAGCCUAUCCGUUUCAGAGUCGUAAAUAUCUUGAAAAACUGGUUCGAGCAUCACUGGAUGGAGCCCAACGACGAAGCUAGCAAGGAGAUACUUAGGCGCGCCCACGCAUUCACUGAGAAUUUUAUUGCCACAACGAAGACCCCUGGAUCUUCCCAGCUUCUUACCGUCAUCGAGCAGCGACUGCGAGGCCAAGAUAACACUUCCAAACGGCUAGUUCCUACGCCAAAUGCCACCGCACCACCACCGAUUAUCCCUAAAAACAUGAAGAAGUUGAAGUUCUUGGAUAUUGAUCCCUUGGAGUUUGCUAGACAAUUGACUAUCAUUGAGUCACGUCUUUACUCCAAAAUCCGUCCUGUUGAAUGUCUGAAUAAGACAUGGCAGAAGAAGAUACCCACCGGCGAUCCAGAACCUGCUGCCAAUGUCAAGUCAUUGAUUCUUCAUUCAAACCAAUUGACUAACUGGGUUGCCGAGAUGAUCCUUACACAGUCGGACGUGAAAAAACGAGUAGUCGUUAUCAAACAUUUUGUCAACGUUGCAGAUAAAUGUCGUGCUUUCAAUAACUACUCAACCAUGACAUCUAUCAUUUCUGCCCUGGGAACUGCCCCGAUUCACCGACUUAACCGGACAUGGGCACAUGUUAGCGGACGCACCCUAACGAUUUUGGAACAGAUGCGCAAGCUGAUGGCAAGCACUAAGAACUUUGGUGAAUACCGUGAAGCUUUACAUCUAGCGAACCCGCCCUGCAUCCCAUUUUUUGGUGUCUAUCUCACGGAUCUGACAUUCAUCGAAGACGGUAUCCCAUCUCUGACCCCGUCGGAGUUAAUUAAUUUCAGCAAGCGCGCGAAAACUGCCGAGGUCAUUCGCGAUAUUCAGCAGUACCAAAAUGUCCCUUAUCUUCUCCAAUCGGUCCCCGAAUUACAGGACUACAUUCUCAAUAAUCUACAGUCAGCGAAUGACGUGCAUGACAUGUACGACCGAAGCUUGGAGGUGGAACCCAGAGAGCGCGAGGAAGAAAAGAUUGCAAGACUUUUGUCUGAGUCGGGCUUCCUGUAAAUUGCGCCACCUGCAAUGUCGGUACUACCGACAUGUCGCGAAUAUUCUGCAUGUUUGCGAAUAGCGACAUCCCUUGUCAGGGUCGCAUUUGUCGGAAGGAUCGUCGGAUCCAUACCGGACGCCGCAGCGGGCGCCGUUCGAGUCUGUCGAAAAAAAAAAAACACGAAUGCAAAGCGGCAUUUUUCGAGAACGCCAUGGUGGCUUGACGUCUUAAAUUAAACCCAAGUCGAUGGGGUCAACAAGCCGCGCAAUGCACAAUGAUAGUGACGGCUUAGCAGUAAGUUUUAGGAUAAAGUUUUACGGUAGACCAAUGGUGCCGCACCGUCCACCCGAUGUGCCAUUGCCAAUCUCCGACCGUCGUUAUCUUCGACAGUCGCCGUGGCUGUGUUGAGAGAAAAGAACGCAACCCCUUGACGUGACAUUCGUGCAUGUGUCAUCCUAUGCGCUUCGCUCGCGUCUUCAAAAAAUUGAAGAGGAAGUUUUACAUGGAUUUCCAAUAUUUAAUUGCAUGGCCCACGCAACUGACCUGAACGAGCCAGCUCAUAUCAUUGCCAGUGAUAUUCUAGAAAGUCUACGCCAUAUGGAGAGGGACUUUAUGCAUCCGCUCCUGGACCGGUGUCCGGUUAUGGAACCUUAUCUUGAUCUUAGAAAAUCGUUCCCUAAUCGAGGAACUCAUCACUUGGCAUGGAAAAGAGAGUUCCUGACGUGGGACCUGAAUGGAUUGUGCUACCCUGUUAUCACUACAUACCUACUACACCAACCUGACAAACCUGACGGUACCUCUAUUUUAUUUCUUUUGUUUUUCUUCCCUUCUGCUUUGCCGAGUCCGCCAACAUGCGAACGGUGUUACAAGGGUUACUGUCUUCACCCUACUCCGAUCUUUUUUGCCAUCUCAUUUCCCCAGGCGGGACUAACCCCGCAUAAUUGCCAUUCCCUCCUUUGAUACCCUGAUCAACAUAUACCAAUCAUCUCUUUAUCCGUGUAUAGCUUACAUGCACAUAUAUAUCAAUUUUCUGGCAGACUUCGAUGUACACUACACUAUGACUUUCCUUUCUCUCUGCAUUCUAUUGAUGGGUGCUCCUUGUCUUUCUCUUGAAGAUAACUAAUUCCCCUCUAUUGUGCAUGGAUAUGACCGACCUGUGAUGAAGGAAAAAUGUACUGUUUCUAUU